CAGGGAAUGUGUGUAUCCAUAUUCUUCCUCCUUUCGAGCUUCUUCAUUAGCUAGUUUUCUCCUACAGUAACUUUUCCUUUUUACAGGAUAUAUUGCAUCAGAAAUUGGAGUUACAAAAGAAGCCAAAUUCACGCUUGAUUGAUUGGAUUUCUACUUUUUAGUUUAUCUACGGAAGAUGGCGCAUAACGACAUUGAGGAUAUGUUAGAUCACCUGAGAAGGAUUAAGAGAAGAGGUGAUGUGAAUGUUGUCAAGACUGAGACACUUGAAAUGGAGCUAAGAUUUUGGAGAACCUUUUUCAAGUACCCUCAUACUCUUUUACCUGAUUCCUUAGUAGAAGUCAGAAAGAAGGCCAAAUUGAUUGCGGAAAUGCUUUACUCGGUUUUUGGUGGAAUACCAGGUGAAUACAAAACUAGUCUUAAUGUGGAAAGGCUAGUAUCAGAGUUGCAGGAAUUCAGUGAAGAUAACGGUACCAGUUUGAUAGACAACUUUGAGCUGAAUGAUUCGUAUAUGUUUGAAUAUAUGGAUCACCUUGACCAGAAUCUAAAUGAUGCACCGAGGUACUUGGUUCGAUCUAUCACUUUUUUCGCAAAAAAAAUCAAUAUCCCGCAGAAGACAGAUAGAUACUUAAGGAAAGUCAAAGUCAUUCAAAACAGAAUAAGGUUUAUAAGAUACUUAUAUGGUGCAAAGAUAAAUGGUUAUGUCGACCGUGAGAAGUUGGAAGGUAUGCAUGCUCGAAUACAGUUCAUGGCUGACAAUGUGCGACAGUUUUGUCUUGCUCUUUGGAUUAAUAAGGAUAGAGAUGAUACAUCUGAUAUCGAGAAUAAGCCUCCUUAUCUACUAUGCUUGGUUGUGAUAGUGGAGCUGGAAAUGAAAAAGAUUUUUCUCUGUGAACUAAAGGCGUCAAAGUUUACUCAAUCAAGAACUUUCAAGAACAAGAAAUUACCAAAAGGAUUUUCAUAUCAACUCCACUGUUUUCUGGUGUAUCUUAGAGAUAAAAAGCUUGAUAACUUUCCCACUAUUGUCUCUGCUCGAAACAUUGAUGUGGCAAUCGAGUUCUUGUUAGUUUUUCUCAGCGAUAUACCAAAUCAUGUUAUUAGUGGUAAUAGGUUGAAUGAAGUCUUAGAAAAGGUUGGAGUUCUUGCGGGUGAUAUACUUUAUGUAAUUCAAAUGAAGCUUCUUUCAGGAUCGACAAUCAAAUAUGAUGCGAGCAAGAUUGAUCUUGGCACGAUGCAUAUAUUAGAGAAAAUUGAAGAUCUAAAGGCACAAGUGGAAGAGAGGUACUACAGAUCCGUUAUAUACAAACCAUCUCAGUUCCCGACUGUUGGUGGAUUGAGCUUUCUGGAUUCUCUCCUAAGGAAAUUGAAUGAGAUGUUGAAAUCUAAAUCAGGUUUAGAUUUCAUGUUGAAGCCUCAUAUUGUCAUUUUAGAGAAAGAGCUCUCACAUCUAACAUCUAUUUUCAGAGAUGUUGCAAAGGUGCAGCAUGAACAUGAAAUUCUUAAAGAUCUUCAGAGGCAUACUAUCAAUUUGGCAUACGAAGCUGAAGUUUCCAUUGACUCUAUUCUUUCUCAGUGUAAUGCUCUUUGGUAUCUUUUUUGCUCACUUCCUGCAAUCGUAAAAGAGAUCAAGAAUAUUCGUGAGAAGGUGACUGAGAUGAGGUUUAAGAACCUCCUUCCUCUUAAGCCCUACUCUUUGAUAGAGCCAUCUAAGCAUCCGCCAAAUAAACAUAGCAAUCUUAGGAGUGAUGAGGAGAUAGUGGGCUUUGAGAAUGACACAAAAAGUAUACUUCGGCUUCUGAUUCGAGGAACAAAUGAGCUGGAUGUCAUCCCAAUUGUUGGGAUGGGAGGACAAGGUAAAACUACUAUUGCUAAAAAGGUGUAUAAUAAUGACAACGUCGUCUCUCAUUUUGAUGUUCAAGCAUGGUGCAUAAUUUCCCAAAUACAUAACCGGAGAGAGUUGUUACAAGAGAUAUUCAGUCAAGUUACGGGGUCCGCGAACAAGGUUGAUGAGGUUGGCGCACUUGCUGACAUUUUGAGGAAAAGCUUAGUGGGAAAGAGAUACCUCAUUGUAUUGGAUGAUAUAUGGGAUGGUAUGGCGUGGGAUGACUUAAGAUUGUCUUUCCCAGAUGGUAGAAAUGGAAGUAGAAUAGUAGUGACAACUCGACUUGACAAAGUGGCUGAGGAUGUCAAGCACCAUAGUGAUCCGUAUUUCCUUCCAUUCCUCACACCCGAAGAGAGUAGGGAACUGUUGCAGAAAAAAGUGUUUCAAAAUGAAGCUUGCCCACCUGAACUAAACGAUGUGAGUCUAGAUGUUGCAAGAAGAUGCAAAGGGCUUCCGCUAGUGGUUGUCUUGGUAGCUGGAAUAAUCAAAAAGAAGAAAAUGGAAAGAUCUUGGUGGCAUGAGAUUAAAAAAGCUCUAUUUUCCUAUCUUGACCGUGAGUCUAAAGGCUAUAGUCGGGCAACUAUGCAGUUAAGUUAUGAUAACUUACCCGAAUAUUUAAGACCUUGCCUUCUCUAUAUGGGGAUGUUUCCGGAGGACGAAAGGAUCCCCGUGUCUAAAUUAAUAAGUUUAUGGAUAGCGGAAGGUUUCGUGCAGAACAUUGAAUCUGAUAGAUUAAUGGAAGAGAUAGCUGAAGGGUACUUGAUGGAUCUCAUUAGAAGUAACGUCGUAAUGGUUUCAAGGAGAACAUAUAACGGUAAAGUCAAAUACUGCCAGGUUCAUGAUGUAGUGCUUCACUUUUGCUUGGAGAGGAGUAGAGAAGAAACGUUUAUAUUGGCAGUGAGGGGGAACAUUCAACCUUCCGAUUUGAAGGUGAGUCGAGUGAGCUUCAGUAAAGAGCUUUCCAUGUUUGCGUCCAAAAUGAGGAAGCCUUUCCACCAACACUUGAGGUCACUGAUAACCACCAAUAGAGGAGAAUCUUUAUAUUGGAAUCGUUUCAGUCAGGUUAUUAAUUUGAUGAGGCUUCUUAAGGUCUUGGAUUUGAGUUCCCAUAAAUUCGGUUGUUUUUCGUUAGCUACGCUGAAACCACUAAUUCACCUCAAGUACGUUGCACUUUUCAUAGAUACAUUCGAUUUUUGUGGAAAAUCACAUCUGCCCCAUCUAGAAACUUUAAUUCUCAAGUGUUCAAUGUAUACAUGGUUAUCAGAGAAUUUUUGGAAAAUGAAAAAAUUAAGGCAUGUAGAGUUUACUUCAGCUGGAUUGUUUUUGGUAAGGCAGAUCAUUGAUGAAUCCUCUAAGUUGGAAAAUUUGAGGAUAUUAAGGGGUGUUACACUUACACUUGGUUUUGAUUGCUUGAAUGUUUUAGUACAGAGGUGUCCUAAUCUUCAAGAACUUGAAAUCACUUUUUUGGCAUAUGAUUCCGAUGAAGAAAUGAUUUGUCUCAAAUUGGAGAGUCUUACCCAGCUUCAAUCACUUCGCUUUUUCUUUCGCUCGUCCACUGUUGUACCCAAGUUACACUUGCCUUCAAAUGUAAAGAAAUUGUUACUAUGCGGGCCUCGAAUAGGAAGCGCGAUUUUCUUCAUUGCGGGACUAGCAAAUCUGGAAUAUCUGGAAUUAAGGGAGCCGAAUUUUCUUGAUUCCGGAGAGUGGUGCCUUGGAGAUAUCACGUUCCCUAAACUGAAGUUGUUGAAACUUAGCAACUUAGGUAUCUCAAAGUGGGAUGCAUCAGAGGAAUCUUUUCCCCAGCUUGAAACACUUGUUAUAAAUGGGUGUAAUGAUCUCGAGGAGAUCCCCCUUAGCUUUGCAGAUAUUCCAACACUGAAACAGAUUAAGUUGAUGUGGUGCAGCCACAAUAAAUCUCUGAAGGCUUCAGCUGUGAGAAUUAAGAAAGAAGUUGAAGAGAAUGAAGGAUGCGACCGUAUUGACCUCAUCAUCGUUAUGCAUCAGAGUAGAAUGAGUGAGAAGCUAAAGAAGUUACAAGAUCUUUGUCCAAAGAUGGACAAGCAAACGAGCAUCACUGACAUACUGGAUCUAGCAGCGCAGCACAUUCGAACCCUUGAAGAUCGGGUUCAGAAUCUCAAGAUUCUCAGCACUGAAGUUGAAAACUACAAACGUGGAGGUAAGGAAUCCACUCAAUAACAGUGCAUACAAACUGGGAGGAACCAUUAGCUGAAGAUUGACCUAAAGGCUUUUUGUCACAAUUAUUGCCUCGUAGAAGAAUUCCAAACUGUACAUAUGGAAGCAAAUUUCCUUCUAGCUUUUUUAAAGCUAAAAGUGAAUUCUCUUGGUCGUUUUUUCCCUUUUUCAGUUGAACGACGUAUAAGAUUGUUUGGAUUAUUCUAGUUUUUUUUCCCUCUUAACAUUUAAUUUGUAAUUCAGUUUUGGGUUUAUUUUGCUUGCUAGAUUCUUUUCUUGAAAAUCAUAAGG